AUGACCAUUUUGCAGGCUCAGCGAAUAAUCGAGGAAUCGCUCGACCAAGCGACGAAGGAUCAGCUCAAUGGCCUUCACGGUAUUGCAUUUGUAGCUGUUAAUAAAAAUGGAGACGUACUUGCACAACAUGCGUCCGGAACCCGCACGCAGAACGGUAGCGAUCCAGUUGACAACGAAACAAUGUUUUACUUUGCAUCAUGCACCAAAUUCAUCACGGCUAUCGCUUGCAUGCAGCUUGUUGAGCAAGGCAGGAUUUGCCUCGACGAUGCUGAAGCUCUCUAUAAGGCUGUCCCAGAACUUAAGGAGAAGCAAGUUUUUGACGUUCAGACAGGCGAGCUUCGACCUCCAAAGGGAGAUAUCACUUUAAGAAAGCUGCUUGCGCAUACUGCAGGCUUCGGAUACUCUUUCUUUGAUCCAAGAUUAAAUAUGUACGGGCAGAAAGUAGGUCGAACAUUUGCAGAAUGGUCCGGGAACAUGAAGGAUUUAACGGAUCAGCCGCUCCUUCAAGAUCCGGAUACGAUUUGGGAAUAUGGAAUCAACAUUGAUUGGGCUGGGAUUGCAUUAGAGAAGAUUACAGGCUUGACUCUCGGUGAAUACUGCAAAAGGUGUAUUUUUGAACCGUUGGGGUUAAAGAACAUUACGUUCUUCCCCGAUGCUGAGCAAAAGAAAAACAUCAUGACCAUGUUGCAACGAGAUCCCAGCGGUACUAUGACUCAGCGCCCUCAUCUCUAUCAAGUGGCUCUCGACGCAGAUACGCCCGAGAAGCAGACUAAAAUUUUCAACUCUGGCGGAGCCGGCUCGUUUGGCAGACCGUCCGAGUACGUGCAGAUUCUUGCCGCAAUUCUUAAUGGAGGCGUCAGUCCAAAGACUGGCCAUCGUAUAUUGGAGCAAGAGACAAUCGACACUAUGUGGGUUAAUCAGAUUCCACAAUUCCCAGACUUCGCCAGAGCGGGACCAGAACCUGCAGACACCACUCUUGCAAAUCGAGCACCUGAAAUGUAUCCUCAAGCAGGCAAUCCUCCUCAGGGAUGGGGUUUGAGUAUGUUCCUAACCAUUCAGCCUGGUGAGACUGGUCGUGGUGCCAAUACCGGUUGGUGGGCCGGCAUUAGCAACCAAUAUUGGUGGUGCGAUCGCGAAAAAGGCGUUGCUGGAAUGAUCUGCGGGCAGGUAUUACCAUUUGGAGAUGCGAAUGUUGUAGGACAAUGGUUUGCAUGCGAAAAAGCCGUUUACGACGCGCUCAUAGAUACAUAG